AUGGCUGCCCUCAUACCACCGACACCAUUGGUCUUCGAGGCUAAUUCUCUCUACCUCCUCAUUCGGGAUCGCGGAGACACCUACGUCUUUCUCUGGUCCUUGUACCUCACAACAACGGCCACAGAAGGCAUUCAGUUUCACAUAGUUAACGACGUAGGCCCCACGGACUGGAAGUACGAGCGCACAUCGAAGAACGAGAUACUGUGUCUGCACGACUUGCUCGUGGCGCUGAAGAUCGGCGUGGUGGGUCCUACAAUGCACGGUGCUUUAUCGGAUCGACUGGCGCUUGUUCCCUUGACGCUUUAUUCGACGCGGUUUCGCGAGAAUUUGAGUUGUCGAGUUUGGGUUAAGGAGGCACUGUUCGCGUUAGAUGAUGAGGGGUAUUUGAAUCUCGAGAAGACGGUGCAGGAGAUUGAGGAGGAAGCGACAUAUCUUGCGAUGAUGGCUAAGAGUAAAGGGAAUCGGAAGGUUAUGAGGAGUGCUACUUGUUAA